AACAAUCAUAGAAAAUUGAAUGUCUUAUUAAUUGAUGAGGGAGGAAACACGGGGCAAAUGAAUUUCCUGGAAGUUUCCCGAGCGAUGUUGACAAAAGCUAUUGGCUAUAUACUCUCGACCACUGAUCACCGCACAGAUUGAGUCUUAACUAUUUGUCUUUCUGCCUCUCCUAGCAUCACCAUUGAGCAAUGCUGCCAUCUGCUAUAUGCAUGAAAGUAUCAUUGCAGAAAUAAAAGGCACAGAUUGUUACUGGGUGGCGGAUUGGUUGGUUAUUCUGAGAAACGGAGCUUUCACCGUAGUGUGGCUUUUGUAAUCCAUUUUUACUGCUUUUCUGGUGGUGCGUCUACUCUUUAUUAUCACUAUUUUCAACACAAGACUGCUCACCUCAUCAUGUCAAGAUCAUAGCCCUACAAGAUAAGAUGCCAUUUUAAUCGACAUUGGUUGCGGCAUUUAUACGUAAGUGGAUAAACAUAGCUCAACAAACAACCUGUGCAUUCCUUCUGUAAAUUAAAGUUUUCGGAACGAUGAGUCUCUUGAAGAAUUUGCCUCGUGACAUUGAGGCCGGAAGUAGCAGCCACGGCGAUAAUGACGAUGCGGAAAGUUCGUCUGAUCCGUUUGUUAUUCCCAGAACAAAGGAUGCUCCUAUUGAACGCCUCAAACGUUGGAGGCAAGCUGCACUUGUGCUUAAUGCUUCUCGACGGUUCCGCUACACGUUGGACUUGAAAAAAGAAGAGGAGAAUCGGCAAAUAUUGGCGAAGAUUAGGGCUCAUGCGGAAGCAAUUAGAGCUGCAUAUCUGUUCAAAGGUGCUAUAACAAACGGGGAAAAUGAAAUCCCACUUCCUCCUCCAACCCCAGUUGGUGAGUUUGGUAUUGGAAAUGAACAGCUUCUUUCAAUUUCUAGGGAUCAUAAAGCUGGUGUUCUCGAGCAAUAUGGAGGGGCUAGAGGGCUAUCAGAAUUGUUGAAAUCUAGUACAGAGAAGGGGAUUAAUGGCGAUGAUGCAGAUCUAUUAAAACGAAGGAAUGCUUUUGGUUCAAACAAUUAUCCUCAAAAGAAAGGAAGGGGUUUCUUGAUGUUUGUGUGGGAUGCUUGCAAGGAUCUGACCUUGAUUAUAUUAAUGGUGGCUGCAGCAGCUUCAUUAGCACUAGGAAUAAAAACUGAGGGAAUUAAGGAAGGAUGGUUUGAUGGAGGAAGCAUUGCUUUUGCAGUAGUUCUUGUUAUUGUUGUUACAGCUAUAAGUGACUAUAAACAGUCUCUCCAGUUUCAACAUCUAAAUGAGGAAAAAAGAAAUAUACAUUUAGAGGUUAUAAGAGGUGGUAGAAGAGUUGAGAUCUCUAUUUAUGACAUCGUUGUUGGUGAUGUUGUGCCCCUUAAUAUUGGUAAUCAGGUCCCUGCCGAUGGCAUCUUGAUCACCGGUCACUCUCUUGCUAUUGAUGAAUCAAGUAUGACUGGAGAGAGCAAGAUGGUCUAUAAGGGCUCUAAAGACCCUUUUCUGAUGUCUGGAUGUAAAGUUGCAGAUGGCAGUGGUACCAUGCUGGUACUAGGUGUUGGUUUAAAUACUGAAUGGGGGCUUCUGAUGUCUAGCAUUUCAGAAGACAAUGGUGAAGAAACGCCCUUACAGGUACGUUUAAAUGGUGUUGCCACUUUCAUUGGCAUUGUUGGACUCUCUGUUGCUGCUAUUGUUUUGAUUGUGUUGUUGGCCAGAUAUUUCUCUGGGCAUACUAGAGAUGCACAUGGAAACGUUGAAUUUAAGGCAGGCAAGACAAAAGUUGGUGAUGCAAUUAAUGGGGCAAUUAAAAUAGUUACAGUUGCGGUGACCAUCGUUGUAGUUGCAGUUCCUGAAGGGCUUCCUCUAGCAGUUACCUUAACACUUGCCUACUCGAUGAGAAAAAUGAUGGCGGACAAAGCUUUGGUGAGGAGGCUUUCAGCCUGUGAGACAAUGGGCUCUGCCACAACCAUUUGCAGUGAUAAGACUGGUACAUUGACCAUGAAUCAGAUGACUGUGGUUGAGGCUUACAUUGGUGGGAAGAAGAUUGGUCCACGUCACGACAAGUCAGAGCUUUCUCCGAAUCUGUGCACUUUGAUCAUUGAAGGUCUCGCACAGAACACCAAUGGUAGUGUCUACAGGGUUGGGGGUGAUGUUGAGGUUUCUGGAUCACCAACAGAGAAGGCAAUUUUACAUUGGGGAAUUAAGCUGGGGAUGGAUUUUGAGGCUGUCAGAUCAGAGUCAUCAAUUCUCCAUGUUUUUCCAUUUAAUUCAGACAAGAAGCGCGGAGGAGUUGCAGUAAAGACGCUUGACUCUCAAGUUCAUAUACAUUGGAAAGGCGCUGCUGAGAUAGUCCUAGCCUGUUGUACAUGGUAUAUUGAUGCAAGUGGCCAGUUAGUGAAGAUGGAUGAGAAGAUGGCAUUUUUUCAAAAAGCUAUUGAAGAUAUGGCUGCUGAGAGUUUACGUUGUGUUGCCAUGGCAUAUAGAUCAUAUGAAAUGAAAGGUGUUCCAACUAGUGAAGAAGAACUUGCUCACUGGUCAUUACCAGAGGAUGAUCUCAUUUUACUGGCUAUUGUCGGUCUGAAGGAUCCCUGUCGACCUGGUGUCAAAGAUGCUGUGCGACUUUGCCAAAAAGCUGGAGUUGAGGUACGGAUGGUGACUGGUGACAAUAUAAAAACUGCUAAAUCAAUUGCUGUAGAGUGUGGAAUACUUGGAUCAAAAGUUGUGGAGCCGAUCAUCAUUGAAGGAAAAGUGACAAAUAUCGAUGAAAGGCCAAACGUCAUUGAAGGAAAAUCGUUUCGUUCAUUGUCAGAUGAUCAGAGAGAAAAAUUUGCCCAAAGUUUAUUGGUCAUGGGACGGUCUUCUCCCAAUGACAAGCUUCUGCUUGUGCAAGCAUUAAGGAGGACGGAACAUGUUGUGGCUGUUACUGGGGACGGAACUAACGACGCUCCGGCCCUACAUGAGGCCGAUAUAGGUCUUGCAAUGGGUAUUCAAGGGACAGAAGUUGCUAAAGAGAGCUCAGAUAUCAUUAUUUUGGACGAUAAUUUUGCUUCGGUUGUGAAGGUUGUCAGGUGGGGACGGUCUGUAUAUGCAAAUAUUCAGAAAUUUAUCCAGUUCCAACUCACUGUCAAUGUUGCAGCCCUUGUUAUUAACGUUAUUUCUGCGGUUUCCUCUGGCGAUGUCCCACUAAAUGCAGUACAGCUUCUUUGGGUAAAUCUUAUCAUGGAUACACUUGGAGCACUGGCCUUGGCAACUGAACCACCUACAAAUCAUUUGAUGGAUCGGCCUCCAGUUGGUAGAAGGGAACCUCUUAUAACAAACAUCAUGUGGAGGAAUCUGCUUAUACAGGCAGCGUAUCAAGUGUCUGUUUUACUUGUACUGACUUUCCGAGGUACGACUUUAUUGAAUCUGAAGCACCACUCUGACGCUACCAAAGCGAAGAACACCGUAAUAUUCAAUGCAUUUGUUCUCUGUCAAGUUUUUAAUGAAUUUAAUGCCCGAAAGCCAGAUGAAAAUAACAUAUUCAAGGGGAUCACAAAAAACUACCUCUUUAUGGGGAUAGUGGCUCUAACUCUCAUACUUCAGGUCAUCAUCAUUGAAUUCCUUGGGAAGUUCACAUCGACAGUGAGGCUUAAUUGGAAGCAGUGGCUCAUCUGCGUCAUCAUUGGAAUUAUCAGCUGGCCUCUUGCGUUUUUUGGCAAAUUCAUACCCGUGCCAAGGAGUGAGUGUCACAGGUGGUUUUAUAGUCUCGUUCGAAGGAAACCAAAAGAAUAAAAGGAACCUGAGUUCUCAAUGUGUGCGAGUCUUGAUUUUCCGGCUUUUUUACCUUCUCGUUUGCGAUUCAAGUCUCAUGUGGUGGCACAAGUACUUCAAUGAUGGAAAUAGUAUGCUGGUAGCACAAUCGUUUUCCUUUUCUAACAGGUGUGGAAUUGUUUUAGCGUGUUUUUCCCACUUCAAUUCUAGGAUUGUUUCGUUGUAGGUUCUAACAAGUGUAUACGGAAUUUUACAUCGUGUUGGUGUUUGUUCACUGUAUUUUGCCUCUUUUUUUUUUAGGGGUGAUGACUGUAUUUUCAGUUUGAGGAAAUAUACUGCAAAAGUAAAUACACAAUUAUUCAAUUUAUGUAUGCUCCUGUAUUCAUUAUAUUGGAUUUUCUUUUAUUCAUACA